CAAAGCAAUCUGAAGCUUUAGUGAGAAAUUCUGCACUAGCUCUCACAGUGUUCCAGACAGAAAAUUUGACAAUCUGCUUUACACACACAGACACACACACACACAAAAAGAUAAAUUGGCUGACUUAAAGUUAGGGGAGAGCUUUGCUUUCUUUCUACUGCUUAGAUUUUGUUCACAUGAAGAGUCAGCCCAUUCAAAGGGGGAUCUCUUGUCCCUCUGAGGACCCCAACGGCACCAAAACUGUGGAGUCCCUCGAUGCAUGGAAUGACUCGGAAGCGAUUGCCUACACACUGAUGGACCUGCCUCUUAGAGCCCCAACAAAGAUGACAGCAAAAAGUGUUCCUGGUGCCUUUCCUACAGUGGAUGUCCCAGACCAUGCCCACUACACAAUUGGUGCAGUCAUUCUUAUCGUGGGGAUCACAGGAACUCUGGGUAAUUUCCUGGUCAUCUAUGUUUUCUGCAGGAGUAGGACCCUUCAGAAGCCAGCCAACAUAUUCAUCAUCAAUCUAGCUGUCAGUGACUUCCUUAUGUCCAUUACGCAAUCUCCAGUUUUUUUCACCAACAGUCUCCACAAACGCUGGAUUUUUGGAGAGAAAGGCUGUGAGCUGUAUGCCUUCUGCGGAGCUCUUUUUGGCAUUACAUCUAUGAUCACUUUGAUGGUGAUUGCCUUGGACAGAUACUUUGUCAUCACAAAACCUCUGGCUUCUGUUCGAGUGAUGUCAAAGAAGAAGGCCCUAAUAAUCCUGGUAGGAGUCUGGCUGUACUCUUUGGCUUGGAGCCUCCCACCCUUCUUUGGAUGGAGUGCGUAUGUUCCUGAAGGUCUCCUGACUUCCUGUUCCUGGGACUACAUGACUUUCACGCCAUCAGUCCGUGCCUACACAAUGCUGCUUUUCUGCUUCGUCUUUUUCAUUCCUUUAAUUGCUAUCAUAUACAGCUAUGUCUUUAUAUUUGAGGCUAUCAAGAAGGCAAACAAGUCUAUACAGACAUUUGGAUGCAAACACAGAAAUAAGGAGUUACAGAAACAGUACCAGAGGAUGAAAAAUGAGUGGAAGCUGGCCAAGAUUGCACUGAUUGUCAUCUUGCUUUAUGUCAUUUCCUGGUCACCAUACUCUGUUGUUGCUCUGGUAGCUUUUGCUGGGUAUUCGCAUGUUCUAACACCCUUCAUGAAUUCAAUACCAGCUGUGAUUGCCAAAGCUUCUGCCAUCCAUAACCCCAUCAUUUAUGCCAUCACUCACCCCAAAUACAGAGCAGCCAUUGCAACAUAUGUUCCCUGCCUUGGAACCCUGCUGAGAGUUUCUCCAAAAGACUCACGAUCUUUUAGCAGCUAUCCCUCCUCCAGACGAGCCACUGUAACCAGCCAGUCUUCUGAGACAAGUGGGCUGCAGAAAGGAAGAAGGCGACUAUCUUCUGUCUCUGAAAGUGAAUCAGGCUGUACUGAUAUGGAAACUGAUAUCACCAGUAUGAUCUCUAGUCCUGCUAGCAGACAGGUCUCCUAUGGAACGGGCAAUGACACAACCGAAACUAGUAACUUAAGAACCAAACCUAAACUGCAAAGCCAUCGUUCUGGGAUUUUUGAGAAGGCAGUUGCAGAUGCUGAUGACAUACCAAUGGUGGAAUUGAAUGUUGCAGAGUAUUCCGCUACACCUACUAGAGGUGAGUGCCUGAACGGUAUUGGACCAAGAAAAGGAGAGCCUCACCAUAGACCAUCUGCAGCCCAGAUACCCAGCAUUGUAGUAACAUACAGCAACAUGCAAGGUGUAGAGCUUCCUUCUGGAUACAGCUCUGGUUUCCUAAGCCCUAAGAUCAAAAGCCACAGGCAGAACAACUCCAAUAGCUGAGUGGUGCAAGACAGAAUAUCACAUUAGCUACUACCUCUACAAGAACAAUGGACCAGCUGAAUCUAGAAGACCUUUCUACAUUACUCUGAAACACUCCUACAAACACCCAACACAAGACAAGCAAGGAUAAAAUCAAGGGGAGUAACCUGUUCAGCAUCAUAACUGUCUCCAGUGGUUCACUUCUUGAUCUGAAUCACAUUGCCAUUUUAUUAUUUCUUCUUUAUGCGGCUCAUAAAGUUCUUUCUUUCGCUUGGAUUUUACUCUUCUCAGGUAUAUUCUAGCACAUCAUGGAUCCUACCUAAAAGCCUACUAUGAUUAAUUUGAGAGGAAGGGGAAGUAUGAGGUCCAAAACUGGCCUUUGUUCAUUUAUUGUGGUUUAACUUCAAAGCUAUGUGGGGAAAAAACUUACUUUCUGGAGAUGGUUUCUUCGUUAUUGAAGUUCCUCAAGCAAAUGAAAACUUAAUCACACAGUCAGUAUUCCUUUCUCUCAUUAAUAACAUAUUUUCCUUCAUUUUCGUGUACAAUGCGAUUGAAAGGUAAAUACACUUUGAGCAGUAAUUUGAAGCCUCAGAUGUUUAUUUUAAUUUCUGAGAUACUGGGGGAAGAGAAAGGAAUCACACUAACAAUGAGUC